AUACAUUACUCACAGUCUCGAGAAGCAUUGGUCAAGUCUUGUGUUCCAUGGAAGGCAACUACUUCAAAUUUUGAAUUACAGUAAGAGGUGGUAUUUCAUUCUUCUCAUGAAGAUGAUACUUCUAUCUCAUCCUCCUCUUCUCCUUUUUUAUUCAAAAUUUCAGUUUUGAUUUGCCCGUCAGUGGUUGUGCACAAAUGGGUAUCACCCAAAGUUCAUGGUUCUUCCUCUUUGUCAUGUUCCAUUUCUUCUCUCUCAAUACCCUUCUUUCUAAUGGAGCUAGCACCAUCUCUACGGGAGAUUCUAUAUCAGGAGACCAGACCAUUAUCUCUGAACCAGCUGGGACCUUCGAAUUGGGCUUCUUCGCUACAGGUAAUAAAUCUCAGAACUACUACAUUGGCAUAUGGUACAGAAAGAUCUCAGAAAGGACAGUCGUUUGGGUAGCAAACAGAGAUAAACCCAUCUCUGACAAGUCUUCUUCCCAGCUGAAACUCCUAGAGGAUGGAAAUCUAGUUCUCCUCGACUCAUCCAAAACCCAUAUUUGGUCUACAAAUUUGACAUCCUUAACCUUGAAUUCUACGGAGGCAGUGCUUCUUGACUCUGGAAAUCUGGUUGUGAGACACAAGCAAAACUCCUCUGCUUUCAUUUGGCAGAGUUUUGAUCACCAAACUAAUAAUUUCUUACCGGGUGCAAAGGUUGGGCGGAAUAAACUCACCAAUACUUCAUAUAUUCUUACUUCAUGGAAGAAUUCAGAGGAUCCCGCUAUGGGAAUCUUCUCUCAAGAGCAGGACCCCGCUGGAAGCGCUCAGUAUUUCCUAUCUGGGAAUAGCUCUCAAAGCUACUGGACUAGUGGGCCUUGGAAUGGGCAUAUUUUCAGCUUAAUUCCUGAAAUGGAGGCUAAUAAUUACUUUUACUUCAGUUAUGUGUCAAACCAGAACGAGAGCUAUUUCACUUAUAAUGUAUAUAAUACUUCUUUCAUCACUAGAUUAGUGAUGGAUGUGACGGGGCAGGCCAAGCAAUUUGUAUGGCAGGAUGGUGUUGGCUGGAAUUUAUUUUAUUCUCAGCCAAGAAAGAUAUGCGAUGUUUAUGCUCUCUGUGGGGCUUUCGGGACCUGCCAUGAGCAAGAAUUGCCCUUCUGCAAAUGUUUGCAAGGUUUUAAGCCACGCUCACCAACAGAUUAUAAUAAUCUGAGCGAUUGGUCUGGUGGUUGUGUGAGGAAAGCCCCGUUACUUUGUGGAAACAAUGUUUCUAUAAAUGGGGAGAAAGAUGGAUUAUUGUCCAUGCCCAAUAUGAGAUUGCCCGCAAAUCCACAUUCUUUGGAGGUUGAGAGUGCCCAAGCAUGUGAAUUGGCUUGCCUGAAUAACUGUUCUUGCACAGCUUAUGCAUAUGAUGGUGGGUGUUCAGUAUGGGAAGGAGAUCUGUUGAAUCUACAACAAUUCUCACGACGUGAUAGUGGUGGAGGAAAUCUAUUUCUCAAACUUUCUGCUUCCGAGCUUUCAAGUUCUGGAGGUAAGAAGAAGGGAUCAGUUAUGUAUGCUAUUGUUGGUGUUAUUGUAGGGGUUGUACUGCUCUUGGGAUCUGUUUUAUUGCUAUUCUGGUGGUGGCGGAGAAGGAAUGUAUUUGGACCUUUAAAUCAAACUGAUGGUUUUUUGGUUCAGUUUUCAUACAAGAACUUACAAAUUGCAACCAAAAACUUCUCCAAACAGAUAGGAAGUGGAGGAUUUGGUUCUGUCUUUAUAGGGACAUUGCCUGAUUUGACUAUUGUAGCUGUGAAGAAACUUUUUGAAGGUCUCAGUCGAGGAGAAGAGCAGUUCCGAUCUGAAGUAAGCACGAUUGGGAUGAUUCAACACAUUAACCUCAUUCGCCUACGUGGGUUCUGCUUUCAAGGUACUAAAAGGUUGCUGGUCUAUGAUUUUAUGCCAAAUGGCUCUUUAGAUUCCCAUCUAUUUCAUGAUAAAAAGGGCUUUGAGAUUUUAGAUUGGAAAACAAGAUACCAAAUCGCUAUUGGAAUAGCAAGAGGACUUGCGUAUCUACAUGAGAAGUGCAGAGAUUGCAUCAUCCAUUGUGACAUCAAGCCUGAGAACAUUCUUUUAGAUGCUGAAUUUUGUCACAAGGUGGCAGACUUUGGCAUGGCAAGGCUUGUUGGCCGGGAAUUCAGUCGAGUGUUGACAAGCAUGAGAGGGACCAUUGGAUACCUUGCACCAGAGUGGAUUUCGGGUGUGGCAAUAACCACCAAAGCUGAUGUUUACAGCUCUGGUAUGAUGCUCUUUGAGCUUAUAUCAGGAAAGAGAAACUCCUCUCAAGGUGGGGAUGGCAAAGUUAGAUACUUUCCUACUUGGGCAGCAAGAAAAAUCAAUGAAAAUGGAGAAAUCAUUAGCCUCUUGGACUGCAGGUUAGAAGAUAAUUCUGAUCAUGCAGAACUCGCUAGAGCUUGUAAAGUUGCUUGUUGGUGCAUCCAAGAUGAUGAAGCUCAUAGGCCAUCGAUGGGGCUAGUGGUUCAGAUGCUUGAAGGGCUAAUGGAUGUUAACCUAACCCCCCUCCCCAGAAAUCUCCAAGCUUUUACAGAGAUCCAUGAAGAUACCUCUGAAUCUUCCUCAAAUUGGCAUACUUUUCUGGCCAAGAGCACGUCUUAAACAAUCUCAGCGACAUGAAUAAGCUGAAACAGAGAUUGAGUUCUUAAGCUGUUCUCCACAAUGGUUUGAGAGUUAGUAUAUUCUACAGUUCAACAAAGCUUAGAUCUGUACCUUUAAACCUCUUCUUGUGUUGUAUUCGCAACUCAUUUCCAUGGUCAAUUAUGUUGUUAGCUACAAAUGGCUGUUAGCAAUAAGAGUUAACAACACUAGUUAGUGUUGCAUCAAUCA